AUGGUUUGUUAUCCAUCUUUUGGCGUUUCCCAGCCUUGCCUUUUGUGUUUUCUCGUUAGUGUAAUUCUUUUCUUGAUUUUAGCAUACUUAAGUCCAAUUUCGUGUAGUUUCUUUUGUACAGUUCGAACACUGACGUCAAGUUCACACUUCUCCUUUACUUUCUUCGCUGUCACCUUUUCUCCAGAUGAUAACAACCUCGUAACACUCCUCUUCAUUCUUCUACAUUUUAUUGUCCGUUCAUAUCUAUCUAUCUAUCUAUCUAUCUAUCUAUCUAUCUAUCUAUCUAUCUAUAUCUAUCUAUCUAUCUCAGUCUGCCCCUUUCUUUCUUUCUUUAUCUAUCUAUCUAUCUAUCUAUCUAUCUAUCUAUCUAUCUUCCCUUCUUUCUUUCUUUCUUUUUUUCUUUAUCUAUCUAUCUAUCUAUCUAUCUAUCUAUCUAUCUAUCUAUCUCGGUCUGUUCCUUAG